AUGUCUGCAAUUAAUAAAGCUAUUAAAGAUAUCAAAGGACGUCUUGAUGGAAAAGUAGCAAUUAUUACUGGUGGUGGAAGUGUACUUUUUGCUAGACAAGGAGCUUAUGUUGUGGUGGCCGAUGUAAAUUUACAAUCGGCAGAAGCUACAGUUGAAAGAAUCAAAGAAAAAACAGGUCCAGUACAUGUUCGUAAAAAUGCGAUUGCGUUUAAAGUUGACGUUUCCAAAGAGGAAGAGGUCAAACAACUUGUUGAAACUGCUGUAAAAGAAUUCGGCAAACUUGAUAUUAUAUUCAAUAAUGCUGGUAUAAUGCAUCCAGAUGAUGAUAAUGUUCUUACUACUGAUGAAAAAAUUUGGGAUCUUACAAUGAAUAUCAAUCUUAAAGGUGUCUGGUUUGGUUGUAAAUAUGCAAUAGAAGCAUUUCGAAAAGAAGGAAAAGGUGGCAGUAUUAUCAAUACCGCUAGUUUUGUAGGUUUGAUGGGUUCAGCUACACCACAAUUAGCAUAUACUGCUUCCAAAGGAGCUGUUAUUGCCUUGAGUCGUGAGCUUGCAGUUACACAUGCUCGUGAAAACAUUCGAGUAAAUUCUGUAUGUCCUGGGCCAUUACAAACACCAUUACUUAUGGACUUUCUUGACACUGAUGAAAAGAAAAAUAGGCGAUUGAUUCAUGUACCAAUUGGAAGAUUUGGCGAACCAAUUGAAAUUGCAAAUACAGUUUUGUUCCUUGCUUCGGAUGAAUCUUCUUAUAUUACAGGCACAGAAUUAAAAGUUGAUGGUGGUCUUACAGCUGCUUAUGUGGUAAACACCUGA